UGCAGGAGAGGGGAGGCAUAAUGUCAGUUGAAAGGUAGAGGAGGAGAUUCAUCGAUGUUACUCUGGGCGAAAUAAAAGUCUCCGUUGGUUUGCCAGAUAAACCAGCCGCAUCUGAGUUUCCUAACAAAAAAAAAAAAGGAUCAGCAAAGGGUUGGGGUGGUGGGAGAGGGAGGGGAAAGAAAAGAGAAAGAUUAAAUGAGAUUGGAAUAAACUGGGAUAAACGAUGUUAAGUCAACGGCUCACCUCCGUGGUCAGGUGAUUUUGCCAUGGCUACCUAGAGCACCAGUGGUUCAGAAAGUGGCAUGGCCCCAGCCCUGACCAAAAUCCUGAAAGACGGCCAUGGCGUCCACCUGUCCUCGCCUCCUGCCAUUGUCAGAAUGGACUCAGAUGGGAGAGCCGUGUGCAAUACUGAUCUGGAGUCUCAGAUGAGAUCGACGGAUGAUGCUGACCUCCAGAAGAUGUGGCUGAACCUUUCCUUGUUUCCCUCUCUGGACUCCUGUCUCCCCGUGAGCCCCCUGGACGUCCCUGCCAACGCUGUGCUUUCCCCGUGUUUGCAGGCGUCUUCCAGCCAGUGUGAGACGGUGCUGCUCCCCAGCCCUGCUUCCCUCCUCAGCCUCCUUUCCUUCAGUAAAGGCCUGAUAGAUUCUCAUCAGGUGGCCUCUGUCUUCCCAGGUGUACCAGACAUGUUUUUAGUCCCUGUCCCCGAGCACAAUAGCCAAGAGGCUUGUCUGCUGCAUGGACACAGUGCUGCUCCUGAAUGUGGGCCAGAUGGUGGUGAUGUGCAUCACUCCCCUCUUAGCCUCACCAUUGUUCCUCCUUCAUAUUCCCACGGGGAGGUAAAGUAUCAGGGCUACACUCCCUUCUUUGCAUCCCCACAUACGUUGACCCAGGAGAAGGUGACUGAAAUGGGCUGCCCCCCUCCAUCUGCAAUGCAUCCUAGCAUUGGCAGGGUGAACCAUGACCAGCUGGCCUCCAGAGCUGUGCUGGAGGAGGCCGUGAAGGAGCAGCUCUCCAGGCAGGCAGGGCUGCAUGGCCGAGCUCAGAGGCUGCAGAGGAGAUUGCAAGCCCUGCUAGGAGAGCACGCUUUGCUACACUGCAGCCAACAGCUGGAGGGGCUGAAAAGGCACUGUCAACUCGGAAGUGUGUCUCUUGACAGCCUGGACUCCAUACAUCCUGGUUUACUACCUCCAGAAGUGGGCUGUCAACCCCAUUUGUCCUGGCUGGAAUCCUCCACAGCCUCGUUUUCCUUCGCAGAGCUCAGAGAUUUCAGCUGCUCUGGCCAGGCGGUGCUGAGAGGCCUGCAGGAGGCUUUGGACUCUGAGGCCACGGCCAGUAGCAGCUCAGAUGAGGAGCAAGAGGACUUCAGGAAGAUUCACAGCAAAGUCAAGACUUCCCCUGUUGGCAGCUGUGAGGGGCGGUGGUUGGAAGAGAGAGCGGAGCUGGGCAGCAGAUGGAGCUGGUUGCAGCUGCGUGUGGCCGAGCUGGAGGGGAGGACACAACAACUGGUGGAGCUCCACAAGCACAUCCGCUCUUCCAAGGGUGGUGUGGUACUUGCAGAGUCCCAGCCACUGACAGACAGACAGAUUCAGCAUACCCUGCUGAGAGAGAUGGCGGGGUUAUCCUGCACAGCCUCGGAUGCUGACAAUGAACCCUGCAGCCCCACGCGGCUCCUGCAUAACAUAGAGAGACAGAGUGCUCAGCUCAACCACAUUGUCAACAGUCUGAUGCCUCCUCUCAGCUUCUCGCCGCUAUCAAAACAACCACACACCUGCAGGGGCAAGAGAGCCUUCACAAGCGGUCAGAAAGGAGACUCUGUUUUUGUGCCCGGGAGCUCUAAGAGAAGGAGACCGGGGACCAGGAGCCUCUUUAAAGCUGAUUUGUCAUGCGUGUGUGCCCGGACCCGACCCCUGGUCACCUACCACAAACCCAGACUGUUCGCUUUCAGCACCUACAUCCCCAGCAGGACAAAGGACUCGGGGAAGUCCACGUCUACCCUCUCCUCCUCUCUCUCAUCACCUUCCUGUUCACGUUGUUCAUCUUGUGAUCCUGUAGUACUGUGCUCUGAUCCUAACUGCAGCUUCAGUAGGGCCCUAACAUCCAGGGCCCCCAGCUUGUCUCUCUCAGUUGACACUCCUCUGUCCCACCACUUAAAGAAAACCCUGGCCAGAGAAGAAUGGUCCCAGAGGCCUUUGGUUGUCAAUGUCCAACCAUCCAGAGCAGCGCACUACAAUAGACGCAGCUCCACACCACUGCACAACAGUCACAAAUACAAGCAGCAUGCAAGACAUAAUAAAAGCCGAGUUAUGGGUCUGUCACCAAUCGGGACAGUAGGGUCUGCUCAGAGUCAACACAGGAGAGCCAAUCAAAGAAAAAGGAAGAGAAGACACAUCCACAGGCUGAGAGAAGAUAAGGAAGAUGUUCUGUACCAGUUCUGUGACACCGAGGACAGUUCAGAAGAAGUGCUGGAGGAGAGCUUCACACAGGUUUCACGCAAGCAGGCCUCUCAGGGCUUUGUUCGCAAACGCCAGGGAGAGAGUGUGUACAACAUCAACAACAUUGUCAUCCCCAUGUCAGUGGCUAAAGUGGAAAAGCUGCAGUACAAAGACAUCCUGACACCCAGUUGGCGGGUAGUUGACACCCCGUCUCUGAUAAACAGGGAGGCAGAGAAGGAGGAGGACAAUGAGGAAGGACAGGUGGAGGAUCUCAUUGAUGAAGUCUUUGCCCAGAGACACCUGGCCUUAGAGCAGACAGAGAAAUUGCGCUGGUCAUCCUGGGGAAAGAGAAAAUGCUGCUCACGUCCUAAAAGAUCUGGCAGCAGGUUGUCAGGCAGUGGAGGCGGGAUGUGCACAUCAGGAGAGGAGAGCUCUGUGGAGCUGAGUUGUGCUCAGCUGGAUACCGAUGAACAGCAAAGCUCAGAGGAGUGGCUGCCUCAGACACCCUGGGAGCCCCGAGCGUUUCCUUUAGAUGAGAAUGAAGAAGCCCUGCUCUCUUAUAACCUAGAAGAGGUCCCAUCAGAGUGGUCAGAGUGGAGCUCUGCCAGCUUGACGUCGAAGAACUCCAACUCCCAUCUCUCCCCAGCUCGGUCCUCUGGUGCUACGCUGCCAUCUGGUGGACAAAGCAAGAGCAGAACACCUGAUGGAAGCUGAGAGAGCAGUGCCUUACUUUUUUUACAUAUCACCUCACGUCUGGGACCAUGAGGAGAAAAUGUACCCUGGGAAACUUUUAAUCGGGAUACUUUCUACAUUCCACGAGUACAGUGGUGUUAUUUGCUCAAUACUUUGAAGCAAAUGUGUUUAUUUAGUUGGUAUUGUAACAUGUGUCACAAUAGUUUGAACUUACUACUGUAGCUUUUUUCUAUACCUUCAGGUUUUAAUGUACAAGAGGUACUGUAUGUAAAGAAAUAUGUACCAGCACAGCCCCACUGUAGUCUCAGGUUUGUAUACUGUUUGUAGUUGUCACGUGCUAUUUAUUUUCACUGUUGUCUUAAAAAGUCUGUAUAGAAAGACUUUAGUACAUGCAUAUAUUUAUGUAAUUUUACCUGAUUUUCAUGUGUUCUUUUUCUGUUGAUGCUGUCAUUUGGUUUGUAUUUUUUAUGAAGAAAGAAAAAACAUUAGUAAACAUUAACAUUAGUAAACAUACUGUAGUGGUGGGUGUCGUACUUUGCCAGUCUGAAUGUUUUCUGAGGGCUGAUUCAACUGGUUACAAACAGAGCAUCUGAGUGUCGCUGGGGCAGAAUAUACAAAGCUCUUGACUGUUGUUUUUAGGCCCCUGCAUGAAGAGGAUGGGAUCAUUAGAAAAGCACAAACCUUUAUGUAUCAGAGACCUCACAGCACAUGGAAUUAGUUGAAUUGGGGACAGAAAAGAAGAAAUAUAUAAAAAAAGGAGGAAAAUAUACAUGUCAGGUUUCCUCAAGACUCACAAAGUCAUGCUACAUCUCACAAUCAGUGAAAGCUGAAUGUGUAGGAAGUUGAUCUUUUCAGCUUAAAGACACAAGACACAGAAAAUCUAAUAGAAGCUGUAUGGUUUUUAUGUCAGUCACGUGAAAUAUGUCUGCAACUUCAGCCAAAUGUACUUAACUAAGAAGUCAUUGGUGCAAGCUAAUACUGGAAGGACAAACUAAUGUGAGGUCAUUUCAGUCAUUUGGAUGAUUAACAUUUAUGGAGGUCACUGCUUUUUAGAGCCACAGUCCCAGUGUAACAGCUCAUACUUUGAUCCCAUAUGCAUAACCUCCUCUUAUAAUAUCCUUCACAGCUACCAGGAGGCCUGAUGGGCAGAUGGUGGUCAAGGUCAUCCUUCUCAUCCACAUGUAUGUGUGUCAUGUGUGUGCUUUAUAUCAGGAUGAGAGACUGGGUGCCCAGAAUUAGAAACUCAAAUCACAUGAAAUUAAUUUACAGGUUAGUAAUUAUCUUAUUCCAGGUUGGUUGGUGUGAAUAGGAUUUGGUUGUUAAUCGAGUUUCCAUUUCCGUUGCUUUAGAUGUCUGUUGAGGCAAAUCUUUAAUUCUUUUUUUAAACAAGACCCCCCUCCCUUACUGGUGAUUAUUUUCUGGGUACUUAAAACACAAUAUUUACUGGAAAAAUGUCAUGUCACUUCCAUUUUGGCCAGUUGCUUCUUUGCUCAGGUGCUGUGAACAAGAGACUUUGUCAGCUCUCUGUGAAACGUAAAGGAGAGUCUUCAGUCUCGCCUCUCCUGUAGGAGGUCCACCUUACUCUGCCCAGACACAUCUGUCUGAUUCUGAUAGCUGGCAGGCAAAAUGAGCCUCUGAUGGCCACAUGAGGGCCAUGUUGCUUCUUAGAAAGCCAGCUUCAGUCGCCAUUAUAAUUGAGUCCCUCAAGAAACUUUUAAUUAAACUGGAAUGAACAGAAUACGCUGGUGAUUGUUGGAAGAUAUGUAUUUCUUCAACUGAGCCCAAUAAAUGAUUGUGUAUGUGUCAUGGAUACAACUGUUAAGAGCAGUUCUUUGUUAUGUUGUAUUUCUACAUGCUUGUAACUGCAGACGUUGCACUCCAGAGGGUGCUCUUCCAUGUCUGACAUUGUAUGCAACCCUGCAUUGGAUGCAGUAGAAAGUGAUGCAACAAUAAAACUAUAACAACAUAA